GACGUGUGUGUCUUACAUCACUUCCACUCCACCACAAACACUCUGCGAAUUCCGCAUCGGCGGGCGCCAUGUUCGAGACCCUGGUGACGGGGCUGCUGACCAGCGCGCUGGGAAGCUACAUCGAGCCCAAAUGCUUCAGCAGUGACAAGAUCAACGUGGCAGUGUGGUCAGGCUACGUGGUUCUCAAGGAGCUAGAGGUGAAGCCCGAAGUGGUGGCGGAGCUGCCCGCUGUCAAGCUCGUGCGCGGCCUCGUGGGCUCCAUCGAACUUAAAAUCCCGUGGAACCGGCUGCAGUCCGACUCGGUGGUGGCCACAGUGGAUGAUGUAUAUUUGCUGUUGCGCACGGAGGAAGACAUUGACGCCGUCAUGCGCAAUAUGGACGAGUUCACUCUUAAAAAGAAGCUGCUGGAGGAGCUCUACGCACAGGCCAAGCGUCAGGAUCAGACAGCCGAUGGAUCUGACACAGACAGGAGCGAGGACGGAUUCGCGGCCAGAUUGUUCAAUAAGAUCAUCGAUAACUUGGAGCUGCACGUCCGCCGGAUUCAUGUUCGUGUGGAGGACUACAGCUCGGGGGAGCACCCGUUCGCCCUUGGCCUCACGAUUGAGUCGGUGCACGUGCAGUCCACCAAUUCCAACUGGCAGCCAUCGUACGUGGACACUUCCAAGAGCAACGAGCCACGGAUUUUUAAGAUCGUGGAGCUCAAUCACUUGAGUGUAUACUGCAAUCCGGACUGUGAACUGCAGCGCGAUCACAAGAUCGACUUUGAAACAUGCUCAGCAGAGGAAUUUUCCAGCGCGUUCAGCCGCUCGAUCCCGAAGCGAUUUGAUGACAGACACUACCAUCAUAUGCAGCUGUACCCGUCUCAACAGCAGCAUCACUUUAUAUUGAAGCCCAUUGAUGCGAGUGCGAGGCUGAUUGUGAACAGGGAUGUGUUCGACGCGAAUGUACCGAAGUUUGAGGUUGAUGUGAAUGUUUCCGAGGUGGCGUUUCGACUGGAAGAAUCGCAAUACUGCGAUAUGCUGUAUCUGGCGUCGGCACUGCAGAUCCCUGACCACUACACGAAGUAUCAGCGGUAUCGUAAGUUCAGGCCGCGGUCAGCGGUAUUUGACGAACCUGCAGAAUGGUGGAAAUACGCGAUCACUUCGGUAAUGGAAGACUUGAAAACGAAGAAGCAACAAUGGACUUGGGGCUUCAUGAACGGCCGGCGUGAGGAUCGAAAGCGCUACGUGAGCUUGUGGCAGCAGAAGUCACGUCAUCUACUGGAGCUUGCAGAUGUAGAUUACGUUGUUUCUGACAGUGACGAAAAUGAUGACGAUGCUGAUGAAAAUGAAGUUAUGACAGAGCAUGACGAUCAAGGAAGAAUUGGACCUCCCGCACACCUGCCAAAACUUUCGUCUUUUGAGAUUGAUUUAGGGUUGGAGAAAAUUGAACGUCGUCGGAGUGUAGAAGAUGUAUUAUUUUUUCGCUACUUGGCCGACCUCGAGGUUCGAAAGUUUGAAGCUUCACGUGCUACUCGUGAUCGGCGACGGUUGCCAACUCCUCCGAUUCAUAAAUCUCACGGCUUUUCGGAUUCCGAAUCUGUAGACACGGAAUUCACUGAGUCGAGUGUACCAGCUGAGGUUCGGUAUCGAUCAUGGGGAGCAUGGAUGUUUGGGUGGACGUCGAAGUUGGCUACGCCUUCUGCAGACGGAGAUUCAGGGCAAACACCACAUCGAAUUAUCCCAGAAGUGGAACUUCGUGAACUGUUUAAGAUAUUAGAAGAACCUUCUCGGCGUUCGAAGAAACGCAUGCAUAAGCAUCGUGAUCUGACUGGGCAAGAUGAUGCUUCUGAGAGUGAGUCUCAGAUGGAACUCAGUGAGCUUUAUCGAAUCACAGUGACGUUGCAGCGCGGAUCGCUCACACUAGCAAGUGACCCAGAAACAAACACAACGCUUCUCCGCGGUGACCCGAGCUAUGGACGCAAGUACGCUCCCACCGAAUUUCUGCUUGGAACUUUUUCUCAGUUGCAAGUGGCUGCAGUGGCGAAGGAUGAAACUGUGGUUGUUGAUGUGUCAUUACAAUCUAUUGAGGCGUUUGAUGAGAGCGCAGAAAGCUCAGCCUUUUCUCGCCUUCUUAGUAGAAAGCAGAUUAUUCAUUCUACCGGUGAUGGAGAUGACGUCAAUGUUAGCAAACUAUCUGGUGUGGUAUUUCUGAUGAGCUAUGAGAUGAACCCGGCGAAUUCCAGCGCAGACGCCUCGUUGUUUAUUCAUAUGGAGCCUUUGGAAAUAGUGUUGUCACCAACAGCACGAUGUUGGGGCCGCUUGGCGAAAUUUAUGGACACUCCGGCGAAUUUGGGAUUGUGGGAAGAGCUUGAAGUUGCGUCAUUCAACGAUAUCGUUAAUUUGAAGACGCGAACGGAAGCUAAACUGGAUUACGUGAUGGAGAAUCGAAUUGCACUCGCCGUGGACCUCCGUAUUCAGGCACCGGUCAUCAUUAUUCCGGAGAGUGACACUGAUUAUAACUGUGCACGUUUAGUGGUUGAUCUAGGACGAAUCAAUUUCCGAACCGACCGUCUGAGUCAAAUGGACAGUGAGCGUAUGAACAUGAGCUCGACUGGUGGCCCACCAUCGAGCAGAUCAGCACCGGGGUCCUCCCUUGCACUACAGAGUCCAUGUCAGUUUCGAGAUGUGAAUUCGAACACGUCUUUUGUGCAACAGUUGUAUGAUGAAGCAGAGAGGGGAGAGGGGGCCAUCCGCUGGAAGGAGGAAUUUUACGACAAGUUCAGCCUAUCUGUGGCAAACAUUCACGUAUUGCUGAUUCCUUAUGGAAAAGCGACUCGGGUUCAAGAUAGUGACGCUGGAAACAGCGGAAUGAACUAUCCGUCUGCUUCCCUUCCGUCCUACCUUGCGAAUAUCUAUGAUGAAGAGCAAGAGUACGAGUUAGUUGAGCGCUUCAACAUCAACGUCACCGUGCGAAUGUCAAUUUUGCCGCUUGAUGCGACGCUGACACGAUUUUACGUCCAUGCAGACCUUCCAGCUUUAACGUUCAAUUUGUCACUCGAAAAAUACUUCCAGUUGAUCACACUGGCCGAUCGCUUCAGCUUGGCAAACGCCGAGGCUCCGAAAAGCACACGGAAAAACUUGGAAGGUGGGUCGUAUUCUCCAGAAGACGCGUAUGGAAACGUUAAUGCAGGCAUGCUGAAUUCGGACGAAAGAUACAGAAGUGGAAGCUAUCUCAGCACGUCAGCACUAAAGCAAUUCAUGCUCAGUGAUACGGAAAGCGCCCCGCCACUGGUUGCUGGUGAAUCACCUGAAGAUGCAAGAGAUUCAGACGAAAAUUCGAGCGUUGAAAGCGAUGACACGUGGUUUAGCAUCACCAGCGGCAAUCUGGAUCAAAGUGUUUUUGCACUAAACGAUGGUGCAAGUGAACUGGAGCCCAGCCUCUCUGUUUCUGAUCUCACUGAUUCGACAGCAGCUGGGCACAGUAUCACGAGCAUUCCUCCACGAUCAGAGAGGAGAACUCGAAAGAGACCCCGACCGGAUACCCCUGGCGGACCUACGAGGCUUCUCGAUCGACGAUUAAUGGUGUGCUCCUUCACUGUUCCUCUAAUAUCUGUGCAGUUGAAAAAGCCUCGGUCUUCUGCGGUAUCUUCAUACGCCUCUUACCGCUACGAUACGGGUGACUUUGACGAUGACCCUACAGACAAUGGUACGAUAUUGGUGAAGCUGCAAGGCUUUCGAAUUCGAGUAGGUCAAAAGACCUUGUCAACCCAAUUGAACGUGAGCCUGCUGUCGCUUGAAGUUGAAGACUUUGUUGACGAUAGUGGUCGGUCAACACAGUAUUUGCUGUUUUCGUGUCCGACGAUUGCUGCUCCGUUUUCGAUAAAAACACCGUUGCGUCGUGGUGGGAAUUUCCCUGGCUACUCUACACAACGUCGGCGACCAGCAAGGCAACGAGAACGAGUAAUUUCUUUUCAAUCUCGCGGCAGGAAAGGUAGUGAUGAUUCGCGAUCGAGAACCUCUGCAGCACCAGAUACAUUGUUAGAGCUUGGCUUCAGCUCCUUGAACGACCAAAAGAGCGGCACAGAGGUACGGCGGGACGUGGAUGUUCAACUCGGUUCGGUGCAGUUCAACUUCGACCAGUCAUAUGUCUGUUCAUUAUUGGAUUUGUUUGAGGAAUCAUCUUCGCAACUCGCUCUGGUUCCCGCUUCUUCGCGAGGCGGUAUUGGGGGCGGUGAGAUAUCAUUAACUGACCCUGAUGACGGCCUUCCGCCUCCUUUCGAGCUCACGCCCACUAUCAAGCAAGAAUACUCGAUGUCGGUAAAUUUGACCGAGUCUGUUCGUGCAGAUCUCGAGCGGGCAAGGAAGAAUCUAUUUGAGCAGCGACCAGAUGAUCUGAAAUUACCCAUGUCGGACAGCCAAAGUGGCCCUGUUGCACUGAAGUUGAGUGUUCGACUCCAUUCAGUUUCUGUCUGCUUCUCCGAUCGUGGAGAUUCCGUAGCGUCCGUUGCGGUUCUUGAUUCCCGAGUACAGGUUGGCACUGGGAAAGCGGGUCAGAUAAAUGUUUCCUGUUUGGUGGGUGAUGUGAAGGUGUUCGAUCUGUCCUCAAAGAAGCGUCAGGAUGAUGAUCUUGGGAUCAGCGGUGCUGCAAUGCGCGGGUUUGAGGCUUCAUCAUCAGACUACAUAGAGAUAUUUGGAUUGGACGCUUCUGCGGAGUUUUCGACGGAUGAAGCGAGGAACCUGUUGAGCGUUGAAUGUUUGAUCUUUACAGAAAUGGAAUCGAAGUCAAUGGUCACUCCUGAAGACGAGCAGCAAGCGAAAUCGAGUCUUUGCUUGUCAGUGCAGCCUGUUCGUCUGCUAGCGCAGCCCGAGUUUGUGGAGAGCCUUGCGAACUAUGUUGUUGAUGGGCCGCUUCGAACUCGCGUUGAGUCUAAGCACGCUAAUUUGCGUGAAGGUGUCAAAGAGCCGGCGCGUAAGCGCACGAUCUCGUUAGGCUCCGAAUUUCAGUUAGUUCCAAGAUUUUCUCCGAUCUCUGAUGAUCCGCCAGGAAGUUUGACUCCGUUCUUCGAUGCAAUCGAUACGUCGAACCGAGAAGCUAGACAAUUCAACGUGGAACCAACAAGCCCCCGUACACCUUCACGUGAUGAUGGCGGUGGAGGCAACGAUCCCGAUAUGCAGAGUGAUCAGAGCGUUGGUUCUGCAGAGGGAGAUGGCAUGGCUUCAAUUCUUGCUCGCAUUGUUAACAACUUUGACUUGGACAUUAAGCUCUUUCACCCGUCUGUUGUUCUUCCUUCGACCCCAUUGAAAGACAUACAAGCAUCGCUGCAAUCUCAGCCGUACCGAGGGAUCGUACUAGAUUUCGGGACGAUAGCUCUAACUUUGCGGCGGGAAGUGACUGAAGCAGUACGCGAGGCUCCUGAGUGUGCACCGUACCAAGCCACUGUGGCUGUUAACAAUUUGCAGAUUACUUCCCUUGCGGACCAAACAGCAAUCUUUGACCGAUCAGGCUUUCAAGUGUGCUGCACUAUUCCUGCUCUGGUGAUGAACAAAGAACUCUAUUGUGGAGAAAACAGAACCGCUGUGGGAGAUGUUGCUGUGGAUGUGAAUGUUGAACCUGUCUGCCUCAACGUCAGCGAAACAAAUGUGCGCUUGACACUUGAAGUAUUUUACGAAGCGAUUAUCCCAAUGUUUGAUACAGUCCAAGGAGUGAUUCAUCAGAUUGAAAGCUACGAGGCUGCAUCGAUGGUAGAAUCGACUAGUCCACCUGGUGACACACAAGGAGAGGAUGGUGAUUUGAAAACCUCCGUACCUGUUGCAACUAUUGAUUCGGCGAAGUGGGGGCAGCUAACAAUCAACUUCUUCCUUGAUGAAUUCAAGGUUGCACUUAUCUCGUAUUCCGAGGCGCCACACCAAUUUGAGACGUGGAUGAAAAGCGUAAUUGAUAUCCCUGACGAGAUAUCUUCACGUGAGAGCAGUGGUGGAGCUUCAUCCGCAGCCCAAGGACGAUCAUAUCCGCAGCAUUUUAUGGGGCGACGAGGGAGUUUCCCAAACGAAAUCCCGUGUUGUGUGAUUGGUGAGCUUGUUUUAGUUGCGAUGGAAGCAAACGUGGCCCUGAGUUUGAAGGAUAUCCCAUCGGAAGACAGCGAGGCCCAGUUUCAAUGUGAAUUUUCCUUACAAGAAGGCGUCAUCCGUGACAAAAUUGCUGAUUCCAAGGAGUUCUUGACUCACUUGUUCGGGCCGGUUCCAGGAGGUCUUUUGGAGCGCACAGAUUCUCGUACUUCAAUUGCGUCUGAUAAUUCUUCGUUUUCGUUUCUGUCUCGUGAUGACAUGUUUCCAGCGUUGCUUCGUCCUUCAGCGUCACAAUCGUCAAGGCUAGACGUAUCUUCAUCACAGCUGAGUGGGCGAUUAAUGAGCAAGCAGUGCGAUACAGACGGGAACGGAUCUGUUGCCACGAUGAAUUCGCUAGAACUGGUUGUAUCGUCGGCGCGCUUUAUUCUUCUUCCCCGAACUAUGCUCCGGUUGGAGCAUUUUGUGCUUGACGUGUUUUUGGCGGCAAACAAGAAGUGGAGCGAACUGGAACUACAGCGAGACGAGGCUAUGGCUAAUAAUCCUCGGGGAAUUGAGGAUUCUGCGUUCGGCGAUGCUGGCCCAGACGACAACCGUGAACAGGAAAUGCGCUUUGCUGUCCCUCCUCUUCGACCAAGAUCUGACAGCAUAACUGAGUCAUUGAAAGACGAUCUCAAUGCUGUUCGAUCAGCGUUUAUGUCUCCGCUGCAGCGCAUGCUGAGCUCGACCAGCGCGAAAGAAGGCCGAGUUCCUGAAAGCUUCACGUCUCGUGCAAUUGCUGAAGAAACCGGAAGCUCAGCGUCUGUGGCUUCGAAAACAGAACUUCUGUCGGCGGGCGAAGGUGACAAAAGAAAGCGGCUUGAGAUUCCUCAAUGGAAAGUUGAUGCACGAUUUUCAAAUUUGCAGCUAUGGGUGGUAUCAACCGAUCGCAAGGCAGAUGUGGCUGGAUGCGUGUUUUCUAGUGCAUUAGUCGCGGAGUUUGAUAGCGCACUUCAUGGAGGUGAAUUGUCUACUUCUACAGAUUCCACUGAACUUGUGACCGCAUCGGUUAGGCUGAAUAAGGUGGAGGUAUUAGUGGGCUCGCCGACGGCGAGGGAUGUCGAGCAACUGAAGCCAACUCUUCAUACGGGGACGCUUGUCGAAAGCUUUGGAGUUGAUAUGCAGUUCGCGUUGCGCCAGUGCUUUCGACCUGUACUCGACGAUGCCGUCGACUCGGAAAGCAGCGAUGCAAACAGCGGCUCGAAUAAUGGAGGUGUGGAAACUAGGGAUAACACAGUCGAGAAUAGCGAAGAUGACUCAAAUGCAGCGUCGUGGGUGAAUACGACGCCAACCGACAGGACUGACAACACGGCGGUGGAUUUACCAGAACUGUUUCUUCGCGAUGUUCCAUCCGAGUGGCGGCAAUGGAUUCUCAGUGAGCCGACUGUGCGUAUUGACCAGAUCUUUUCGCAUAUAUCGUACCGAGACCUACCACUGUUAUUGAAAAUAUCUGCCAGCUUGACCAGUAUGCUUGGCGCAGAGAAAAAGAUUCGCAAUACAUUCAUCGCACGGCUAAAAGCAGCAGCAGAUGACCUCGAUUGGUCCGAUUUACAGGAUAUGACAGGGGAUUACUCUGAGUAUGCUCACUACUUCGGUGCAGACGACAUGAGCGACAUCGAAGUGGAAGGUCACGAUGUAUUGCCAGCCGCCCAACAUGAUGUACUUACGCGUGCGUCGAUUACUGCAAGAGGUGUUCAAUUCCGAUUGAUUAACAACAUCGCGGACCAAGCGUCACCAGUUGUCGAGUUCGAAUCGAAGGGUAUUGAACUUUUAUUUCGAGCAGAGUCGAAUUCGAUGAUAGAAGUCAUCGCGAGCUGUAAAGCUGAAGCGAAGUACCAAAAUCUGCGUCUUGUGACGAUGGAGCCACUUAUUGAACCUUGGAGCGUCAAGAUGAUACUUUCGCAGCAGCAGUUACGCAUUCGUGGUUUGGACAAUAAAGGACAGCAAGCAUCACCACCGUGGAAGCUGGACAUCUCGUCCGACGUCUUUCUCCAACUUAAUUUGACAGAUGCACUGAUUGCAAACCUAGUGGCUGCUGACCGUGCUUGGCGAUGGGUUGUCAACGCUGGUGGCGAUUCACGGGAAAUGACCGAGUAUUCUACGUACUGGAUCCGGAACAACACUGGAAUGCCUUUACGAUAUUGGGGCAUAACUUGCAGCGAGCAUUCUCUGGCUCCUGGCCAAGAGGAGCCUCUUCGCUUCAACAAGGUGCAGUCGGAAAACGAAGUACGAGAAGGAAGCAGGAAGUACCGCCAGAGUGGGCAGCGAAAUACGCACGUGAGCGAGCGUCAGCUCUUCAUUGCUGUCGAAGAGGAGUAUCCAAGCGACAGUCUCUCAAAUACUCCAAGGAAAUGGCAGAGUGAAGCGUCUAUUCCAGUCGACCAAGUUGAUUCGCGUAUGUAUGCUCUUGUGGACUUUGAAGCGGAUUUUACAGCAACACAGAUGAGGAAGUGCGAGUGCGUCAUUGACGUGCUAGUAGAGCGUGGAUGCAAAUAUUUCGUGGUGCGCUCGACGUUGAUUAUGGAGAAUCAAACAGCGUCCGACCUAGAAGUCGAGUUUGUUCCUCCCCAGCGACGUUCUGUGUCACGGUCGAUGAGAGCGGAGCAUACUCCACAAGGCCACAUUAUACCCAUUUGGAAGAAGAUUGUCAAGGCUUCCUCCGUUGUUCCCGUUCCAGUGCAUAUUGUGUCAUCGGGCGAAGGAUACGUGAUGGUGCGUCCUCCAGAGAUCACUGCCACCGAUGCUGGAGACGGCGCGAGCAGCGGCAUGCUACCGAAGGCCUACGCCAAAGAACGGGUGCAACUCCCGUUAUUCGAUCGAGGGAGCUCUUACGCCAACGAGAACAUGACACAGCUGGAGACGGACGAGUCAAGUCAAGCCCAGUGCACGAUCAAGUUUCGACGACUGUAUAGUGACCGACCUGUUCGUCCAUUCAUGAUGAACGUUUGCUUUUCCAGCGCGAGUAGUGCAUUGUACCACCGAACGCUUUCGUUCCACCCGCCGCUGAUCGUGCAUAAUCUAACCGCUGGACCACUAGAUUUUUGCAUUGCAACUCCAAGUGAUUGGUCGCCUCCAGUUGAAGCUGUUUCGCUGACGAACGCAGUAAUGAAUACCGGAUGGGAAACCCGCGAGCAGCGAUUGCGUGAACGAGGCUCUAUCAACGUUGCAGAUUCGCUUAUUUGGCAUUUGUCGAGUGAGGAAACGCCUCUCGAAUUGAGUGUCCGAAUGAAGGGAUUUGACUGGAGCGAGCCACUUGAGCUCGUGGAAGAUCUGGGAGAUGUUGUCCGGAUCAAGAUGAAAGAUCUUGUGAGUGACGCCCACCUUUAUAUUACUGCAGAGAUUCGGAUGGGUAAAGGUCACUGCCGAGAGCUGUUCCUCUACGUGCCGUACUGGAUUGUCAACCUGACGGGCCUGAAAUUGGAGUACGAAUACGAGGAAGAACGAAUGGGACGCGAACACUCUACAGCAUUGCUGGCGGGACAGAAGCGAUUGGAUCGUGAUGAGCUGCUACUGAAAGAGAAUCAAAGAGCCAAGGCGUCCCGGCGAGAUCGCAAUCCUCAUCUUCUUCGCCCUGGUCCAAAUGAAGAUGACGAGUUUAGCGAUGGAAUGGGGAACUUGGAGAAACAAAGGAUCGCGUCUGGUCGCAGUGCCACUCCCGAUCACCGAGAAAGUGAGCGCAAACGACGGCAUCCGCGACUUCUUCCGAGUGUGCCUCCUGUAAAGGGCUUAUUGGACCUACUCCCCAAGACCUCGGAGUAUGAUCCGCGUAGCCUUGGGCAACUGGAAGUUCUGCAAGCAUGUCAUUCUGACUACACGAUGGACCGUGGUUGUGUCCGACUGCGAGUCAGCAGCGAAAGAGAUGUUGCAGCUUUGGAUGCGAGAAAGGAGAGUGGACAACGAAAAUGGUCUGACGCCUUUGUGUUGGACCAAGCGGGUACGAUUGGUGAGAUUGAAGCGGAUGACUUCGGAGCAAAUAAAAAGUUUAGCAUCGGCUACUCGAUCACUCCUGCAAAGGGCGAAUACUCACGGACAAAGGUAAUCAUGCUGACGCCUCGGUUUAUGCUUAUCAACACGAUGAGUAGUGCAGUUGAGGUGUGCCAUUCAUCGUCCAAGAUGAUGGCUCCAUCAGUGAUUGACAUGGCCAACGCCAGUGGCUCAAUGUCGAACUCCCGAGUGAUGUCUCCUGUAAACCCUGUUGUCCAGCUGGAAGCUGGAGCGUUUGCUGAUUUCCACUGGACACUUCGAUUCGCCAAGACGCGCACGAUUCGUUGUCGUUUCGCAGAAUAUGGUUGGUCGUGGAGUGGUGCGGUGCCUUUAGUAGAGUCUGGUGAAUACGCUGUGCGCAUGCGUCACGAAUCAACGCGGGAAAGCAAACUUGUGCGUGUUACUUUGAAACUGGAUUCAUCGUGCGUAUGCGUGUAUUUCCGUGAGGAACGUACGACUGCACCGCCGUAUCGAGUGGAAAACUAUUCGUUGGAAACGCUUCGAACGCACCGGCAUCGUGUGCGCCGCAGCGAGAUUUUGCUGCCACACCACAGUCUUGAUUACGCAUGGGAUGAGCCUACCGAAGAGCGUUUGCUUGUCGUCGACAUGCUUCCGUCGGCCGCUGGUGAUAACAGUCGGCCUUUGCGCAUUGGAAGCUUCGAUCUGGAUAAAAUCCAACGUUAUCCCGAUGCACUCGGUGGUACUCUGGGCAUUGAGAUCUCCACGGAUGGACCAACUCGAGUGUUGCGUUUCACUGAUACGCGUUUACGAGGGGAAAAGGCUGUACCAGCCAACACCCAGGUAUCUAAUGAUCGCUCAGCAAAGACCGAGGCAAGUGAAGGCAGCGCCCUGCAGCUACUUCAACGCUUUGUGCCUUCUCCUACCGUGCAAGCAGCGUUGCACCUGCAAGGUGUUGGCAUUUCAAUCGUGGACAGUGUUCCGAAGGAGCUGGUGUACAUGUCGGUCUCUGGUAUUGCGUUGGAGGUUCUUGUCUCUGAAGUCGAUCGAAACAGCGGUGGGGCAUCAAUCGCCGGUAGUGCUGCGUCGUUGUCACGACUCGAACGCGAGACACGGCCACGGGUUCUUGCUUGUUGCCUUGAAGUGAAUGACGUCCAAGUUGACAAUCAGUUGCAAGUGACUCCGUAUCCAGUGCUUCUUCGCUUCUCGAAUCCAAGCGGUAGAUCUCGCGUUGUCAAAGGACAGACCAUUAGCAUUCCAGUCCUGCAGGUUGGCCUCGUGAAGCACGACGAGUAUGCCGGCAUCGAAUUCAUUAGGCACUUCAGCGUCAGUGUUUUGCCGGUGCACGUUCGCGUGGAUGGUGCGCUGCUCUACCAGAUUCUCCCACUCUUGAUGCAUGCCAAGAUCUAUGGCAGCAGCGGCAAUGCCGACGCGGCCACCAAAAAGCGAGCUGUUGUAUUGAUGAACGGUGUCGGUAACAACGAUGAGACUACGCGAGCCGCACACAGCCAUUUAUUGCUAAAUGACUUUAAUUCCAGCCUGGAGAUUCCAGUGAAGGUACUCGAGGCAGCCCAGAAAGACGGCACCACGUCGGCGGGACCUACUUCUGGAACAGCAACGCCUACGAUGAAAAUGGUUGCUCGCAGAAACAGCGCUCAGCAUCAGCAGCAGUUGAUCAGUCCACGUCAUAACCAGCACACUGCCUUGGCUGCGGAAAUUCAGCACUACACUGCAGCCAAGUAUGGGACUCUCGGUGCUAUUGCGGCGAAGGAAGAGCAGACGAAGUUGUACUUUGAAGAGUUUCAUAUCGAUCCGAUUCGCGCUACAGUCAGUUUCUCGUUCGGUGAUAGCGCAGGCGCCAUUGUGGACGGCCACUCGUCUUCACUUUCGCAUGCAGCAGCAUUGACCGAUUCAUCGUCGUCUCGAGAAUCCUCUGUGAUCACGGUUGGCCCUCUUCGACUGAUUUUGAAUGCUAUUGGAACAAGUCUGACCAAGAUCGCAAAUGCUCCGUUUCAACUCAAGGCGUUGCACAUUCACAAUUCGUUUGUUCAGCCCGAUGCGUUGGCUACGCGACUGGCGUCGCAUUACCAGAGUGAGGCGCUUCGUCAAGCCUACGUCAUCUUGGGAAGCGUUGAUGUGCUAGGCAACCCCAUGAUCGCGUGGAAGAACUUGCGCAGUGGUUUCCAGGACUUCUUCUCCGAGCCUGCACAUGGGCUUUCGCAGCGAAGUCCACAGGCGUUUGCGUUCGGCGUGGGUCGUGGCUCGCUGUCGCUUGUACGUGCGUCCGUAUACACCUUCCUGGAUUUUAACACGCGUAUUCUGACGGCCUUUUCGCUGGGUCUCUCGGAGGCUUGUCUGAAACUGGACGACUACACCGGCUACCCGGCAACGAGGCAUAUCUUCCAGGGCCUCGUGCAAGGCGUAUCAGGUAUUGUAGUGGCUCCGAUUCACUCGUUUGAAGUUAAUGGCGCUCGUGGUGUGCUGCCUGGCCUGAUGGCAGGUGCAUUCGGACUCGUACUCAAGCCGUUACUUGGCUUCUCUUUGGCUACAGCAACGACUGCGGUUACUCUACGUGAUGCCAUUGAUCCCAACACCAAGGCUCUGCUUGUACGUGUCCGACCGCCACGCCACAUCGAUCUGCGAACGAAGCGACUCAAGGUCUAUUCGUAUGUGGAGUCAUUAGGCGAGGAGAUUGUGGGCAAGAUCCGCGGUGGUCGCUACCGUACAGAUGGAUAUCUGGGCCAUGUCGACCUCAAGACUACUCACCAGUGCUUCUUGGUGACUCGUAAGCGAAUUUUGUUCCUGAAUGUGAAGAGCACGGGCUCAGCCCAAACAACGAAGUACGACGUGGAGUGGGAACUGUUAGCUGGAGAAGUGGUGAUGGUGGAUUGCUCUAGGACGCCAGACGAACAGAUAGUUACCAUUUACUACAUGGAAGACGAGUUCCGUACAGCAAGCGGUGCGGGGAGAAGUGCGUCCGCUGCCAACGGAUCAAAUGCUGUGACUACCAGCCGUCGACGGACCCCUGGUAUACCGCGUGGAAUGUUUUUGCAGAAGCACGAGGUAACACUGCCAGUCACGAAGGUGUUGUUUGUCCGCGCUAUGCUGCAGCAGCAGGAGCGCUCCUUGCUGACGAAGAUGAACAGCUACACGAAGGAUAGCUUACAACACUGCUCUGCGUCUUCUUCGCUGGCUAGGACAAGCUCGGUGGAGUUGAACACAGCGUGGCAACCUCAACAGUCGUACUUGCCCUUCGAGUACCCGAUUUUCCGUCUGCCGCAAUCGCUGCAUCAAACGCGCAGCUUUGUAAACCUUGCGCAGACGCCGCCGUCACACGCUCAGAAUCAUCACAACGAGUAGCAUCACCGUACUGCUUAAUUAACAAAUACAAGGGAUAUAGGUAAGGAAAUGUGAAUACAAGCACUCUCGAACAUUUCGAAGUCUUCAAA